UCGACUGCGCAUCUGAUGCGCCGCAUCGCCCGCAUACUUGAAACAUUAACAUAUGCGACCACGUGUUUAAGUUAAGUUCAAAAAACGGUGUGUUCGUGAUAAGAUACUAUUUAUACAUUAGCGUUUACAAACUCUAGUGUAAUUAUUUAUUUUUAAAAUAAUUUCUAUUUAAUAAAUAAUUGGUUUUAAUAUUUAUAAUCCCAGGAAUUUACGAGUAUAUAAAAAAAAAUGUCUAACUACAACAGAAGAGCUGCUAAAAGACGACGUCUUGAUACCUCAUCUUCUUCAGAAUCUGACGAAUCUUCGGACAUCAAUCUACCAGUUAACAUGUCCCAAUCACACAAAAACUGGAUAAUGAAUGAUAAAUCGCUUCUACGAAUUGACUCACUUACACAAGCUGUCAAACAUAAAGAUAUUGUGCAUAUCAAACAUAACGUAAGCUUACUCUCGAUCAUCAACGCCGUAGAUUCGGAAGGUCUCACAGCACUUGAAGUUGCCAUCGACGACAGAUACCUACCGGGAAUAAAGCUUUUGCUUGCGUGUCGUGCCAUGCGACUUAACAGAUAUCAAUCCAUAAGGUCAUGGAAGCAGUGGCAAAAUUCACUUCGCUGUAUAAUAGCAAAAGAAUGGGAAUUAAAAGGAGGCCUGAACUUCGUCAAACGAUUGUUUUUACGUGAAAUGAACAAAAGUUUACGUUCAUGGGGUGGACCAAAUGCCGAGGAAUUGACGGAGGAAGCUUUAAACAACUACUCCAUCAAACAGCUAACAAAUAGCGACUGCGACGGCAGAGAUAUGGCGAUAAUAUUGAAUAAGUAUGCGGCCUCCAAUCAGCGUGAAAGCGAAACCAUACUUUAUUCAGCAAUCGUGAAUAAUAAUAUAGAAAUAGUAAAAUAUUUGUUGGAGAUGGAUGCAGAUGUAAGUCUCACUGCAGCUUACACACAUCAUAACUACGGUGGAUUGACUGCCUUGGACGUCGCCAUAAACAUGAACUUAACAGACAUCAUCCAGCUUCUACUGGAUCACGAAAGCUGUGACGUCAAUGCCACAGCAGAGUCCGGCUUGACGUCUCUCCAUAUCGCAGCAUCGAAGAAUAAUUCGGCAAUCGCUAAAAAAUUAAUAGAGAAAGGUGCAACGAUAGAUGUGCCCUCUGCAUAUCAAUCUGUUUGUAAGUCAACAACUAAGAGUAAAAUAGACACUGAUGUGAAACAUCGGAAUGGUGUGACUGCUUUGCAAGUUGCCGCGAAAGCUAAUAGUUCGGAGAUCGUUCAACUAUUAGUAGAUCAUGGUGCUGAUGUCAAUGCUCAUUGUAAAGACCGGGGCUAUGGGUACACGGCAUUGCAUUAUGCAGUCAUGAAUAAUAACAGUGCAAUGAUUGAGUUUUUACUGAGCAAGGGUGCUCGCGUUGAUGUCAAGUCAAAUGAUGGAAAGACAAUUCUACAUUUUGCUAUUGGCACCAGAAACGAAGACAUUAUUAAGCGUGUGUUAGAUGCUGGCGCUGAUGUGAACAUCAGAAAUAAUACGGAUUAUUUUAAUAAUAUUACGCCACUUCUUGAAGCCGUGAGGUUCAAUUUGAAAGAUACUGUGUCGAAGUUGAUUCAAAUGGGUUCUGAUAUAAAUGCCACGGCUGAACGUAAGUCGACAUCGACAUGCGUAAAUAUUAUCGACAUGACCCUUGAAGAACUCGAUCCCGACACGCUCGAGCUGAUGUUAAAUAUGGGUGCAGAUGUCGGUAACGCUGAAUUUAAAAAAUAUUGUUUUCGUAACAGGGAAAUAUUUCUAAAGAAUAUAGAGAAAUUCAAAGUUGCUGGACUUUUCAAUAACGAGAAACUCACCAAGUGGGCUGAUUAUAAAAAAAUAAAAAACGAGGACUUAAAGAAUGGACGCCAAACUCAAGUGAUGAAAAUGGAUGCAGAAGAAAUUAAGGAUCGUUCUGUUCGUUUCUACGAUUUGCUAUUUAAAAACUUUGAUGACAUGGCGAUGUAUUCAGAAAAUGAAAUUAUUAAAAAAGCUUUAGAACCAGGCGCGAGUAGGCUCUCGUUGAACAAAAAGUUAUUGAUAAAUAAUUUUAAGAAGAAAUACAAGCGCUAUCAGAUGCAGAAAGAAGCUGAGAAGGUGUUUGAAAAUAUAAUUGAUUUGCCUGAUUUAUGCGUGAGAAAAAUCCUCACGUAUCUUAGCUAUAAUGAUUUAUUCGUAAGUUUAGGAAAACCCUCAAAGUUCAAAUUAACAACAAGCACUGCUAUUCAUAUCAGGCACGGAAGUUUGAACUCCUGGGCCUCUAUAAGGAGGCGAAUGAUAACGAACCAUAGAUUUGCUGGCUUACUAUAGCUUCACCGAAAGUUUAUAUUCAUGCCCUGUUUAAAGGGAAGAAAAUCGAUGUUUUCAUAUACGAGAAAUGAACUCAGGUGCAGAUCUAGUUAAAAAAUUGUAUACAGACCGCGGAAGAAGGUAGAACGUCCCAAUCCGCGUGAUUGCCACCCUCGCUUUCGGCUCACGCGGGUUUGAAUGUCCUACUUUCCUUCUUUGGUGUGUAAUAAACCAUUCUGCCCAGUGACUGAAGGCAUUUGUAAUUUAAACUCUGAUACUUGCCAUUUGUGCAAUAAUAAUUUCAGACCAUUAAUUUUAUUUGCGUAAAUGGCAGUUUGGACUUUGUGAUUAAAUGCCAAUUCUUGAUGAUCUCAAAUCAUUUUUGUAUAUUUGUAAAAAAGUUAUCAAUAAAAUAAUAUUU